CAGAAUCAAUUAGCUAGGAAAAUAUUAAUUUAUUAAAAUGUCGAUAUUACGAACAGUGUUAUUUAAGCAUUACUUUAAUCACACACAAUGUCCAAGGAAUUCAUUGUUAACAUUUCCAUUAAAACAAAGAUGCAAAUCUCUCAAUAUACCAAGUAGAAGGUUUAAUUCUAACAUCAAAGAAUGCGUCACUGAGAGUAGUAUCAAAUUGAAAACAAUUCCAGCUAUUUUAAAAUUUGGAUUUGGUGGUUUAGGUGUAGUAGUAUCAUGUAUGAUAAAAUCACAUAGUUCAGUUGUAGAAUGUAAAGCGAUUCAAGUUUCAAGAGAUGUCAGAAGUGAUGAAACAGAAUUAGAGUUUAAAUGGACAAAAUUUUUACAAUAUUUAUAUCCGUAUUUAUGGCAAUUGUUAAUAGCUUUAACUAGUGCAUUGGCUGUUGCUCUGUUAAACAUUUGGAUCCCACAGUGUGUGGGUAGUGUAAUAAAUGUUUUGACUAAAGUCUGUGAAAAUAAAGGAGAUGAUAGAGCAAGAAAUGUGCUUUUGCAACUUACGAUGCCUGCAUUUGCAUUGGCACGUAUGUACAUUGCACAAGCAUUCUUCACAUUUGUGUAUAUUUAUGCGCUUUCUCAUGUGGGUGAAAGGGUAGCAAUGCACAUGCGACAAGAUUUAUUUAAAUCAAUCAUUAUGCAAGACAUCACUUUUUUUGAUAAAAAUCGCAGUGGUGAAAUAGUAAGUCGACUAACCAGUGAUAUUCAGGAUUUUAAAAGUGCUUUUAAAACUUGCAUAUCACAAGGGCUGAGAAGCACAGCACAGAUUGCUGGUUGUGUAGUCUCUAUAAUAAUGAUUUCACCAGAACUGACUUCUGCAAUGAUGAUAUCUAUGUCUACCAUAAUCUUUAUUGGUACAUUGCUUGGGAGAAAUUUACGAAAAUUCUCAGCUGAAGCACAAAGUCAAACUUCAAAAUCUACAGCUGUUUGUGAAGAAGCUAUACAAAAUAUCAGAACGGUGAAAGCUUUUGCUGCAGAAGACAAAGAAAUAGAAAUGUUCUCGAAAGAAGUUGAGCAGGGGUGUAAGUUGUAUGAAAAAUUAGGCUUAGGAAUUGGUUUGUUUCAAGGAGGAACAAAUCUCUUCCUUAAUGGUAUUUUACUUUGUACAUUAUAUUUCGGUGGAAAUUUAAUGUCCACUGGACAACUGACUGCAGGAGAUUUAAUGGCAUUUUUAAUGGCUACUCAGACUGUACAGAGAUCAUUAUCACAAUUGUCACUAUUAUUUGGAAUUUAUGUCAGAGGUAGUAGUGCUGGUGCCAGAGUUUUUGAGUAUUUGGACAUGCCACCUUCACCAAUGAUGGUCACUGGCGAAAUUAUUACUGACCACUCUCUUGCUGGAAAUGUAGCUUUUAUUCCUGCUGGUAAAACGGUAGCCAUCGUUGGUUCAAGCGGUAACGGUAAAUCAACGAUAGCCGCCUUAUUAGAAAGAUUUUACGAUGUUGACGAGGGAUCAAUUACAAUUGACGGUAAAGAUGUUAGGUCACUCAAUGCUCGUUACCUGCGGGGUAACAUUUUAGGGUAUAUAGAUCAAGAACCUAUUUUAUUUGCAACAAGCGUUAUGGAAAAUAUAAGAUACGGAAAACAAGAUGCUACAGAUGAAGACGUCAUUGAAGCAGCGAAAGAAGCAAAUGCUCAUGAAUUUAUCCUGAAAUUUCCUAAUAAAUAUGAAACCCAAGUUGGUGAAAGAGGAGCGCAACUUUCCGGUGGACAAAAGCAACGAAUUGCUAUUGCUAGGGCUCUGCUAAAAAAACCAUCUAUUUUAAUAUUGGAUGAAGCUACAAGUGCGUUAGAUUAUCAAAGCGAGAGAAUUGUUCAAAAAGCGUUAGAAGGUGCUACAAAAGGGAGAACAGUUCUCGUAAUUGCCCAUAGGUUGAGCACAGUAAAAGCUGCUGACAUUAUAGUUGUGUUACAGAAAGGAGUUAUUGUGGAGAUGGGUACUCAUACGGAGUUAUUGAAAAAGCAGGGUAUAUAUUAUACUUUAGUAAACGAGCAAGAUAAAGAAAGUACAUGACAAUAGUGGAAAUUGAAACCAUAGUACAACUUGAUUGUAACCAGUAUUUUAAAAACAUAAUAUAAU